UAAGCACCAGCUUUUUGUUUUGAUUCUUUUUCUCUUCUCUCACUUUCCCAAGUCUUAUUCGUUACAAUUCGUUACACGUUAUUUGUUCAUGCCUUUAAUUUUUAAUUGUUUAAAGUUAUUUUAUUUAUUAAAAUGACAGAAAAUAGUUCCAAGGAUUUCCAAAUCUUCCUCACAAAAAUACAAAAACAAUAUCUGUGCUGCUACCCCUUGCAUUGUAUUGAAUGGGAAAGCUUUCCAACGGAUAUGACCUGGGAUCAACAAAAGGAUUUAAUAGAAGCCACUUACAAUUGUGCCAUAAAUCAAAAACUGCCUAUAAAGAUUGCCUAUCAAUUAAAUUUCCUCAAGAAAUUGAUAGUAUUUUUGGAACAAACUACCUCAGAGGUACAUGACACUGUCUACGAGAGUUACUGUGAUGUACAAUUGCGUGUCGCCGAAGAUAGUACACAAAAAUAUGCCUUUAAACAUUAUCUACUUGACGAGGAAACCCAUUUUACGUUACGCGAAUCGAAAAGUUUUGUAGCUGAAGGCACAACAGGUCUCUGCAGUUGGCAAGCUUCUUUGGCAUUGUCCGACUUUUUGCUACACCACAAGGAUUUAGUGGAAAAUAAACGGAUUUUAGAACUGGGAGCUGGUACUGGCCUAUGUGGAUUUAUACUUUUUAAAAUGUGCAAACCCCAACAUUUGAUGAUAAGCGAUGGAAGUUCACAAUGUGUUGAAUUAAUGUGCGAAAGUGUUGAACGUAAUUUUCCAGAUGCGGUGAAAGAUAAUCACGUAGGAAAAUAUUCUUGGAAGCAUCAAAUUCUUCAAUGCUCCGUAAUACCUUGGGACGGUAUUGAUAAGAUUGAAGAGGUUCGUGAAUUGUGUCCGGAAGUGUUAUUAGCUGCUGAUGUGGUCUAUGAUGAUAGUUCCUUUGAUGAUUUAUCAUUUGCCAUUUAUUAUGCAUUCAAACUCCGUAAUGACAAAGUGGAAAUGUUUUUAGCCGCCACCGUAAGAAACGAACACACUUUAAAUGGAUUUCUUAAGAAGUUAGACUCUUUGAAAUUCGUUGUAACGGAAAAAUCUGUAGUACCUUUGGAGAAAAGCCAUUUAUAUUGGGAUAGAACAACACCUGUUAAAAUACUUCAAAUUAUAAGAUGAAUUUAGCUAUUUAUGUCUAGUUUGUUAAAUGUUAUUGAUUUGGAAUUGAAUGACGGACAGGAAUGUUUAUAUUCCUAAUUGAAUGUAGUAAAUAAGCUUACAUAGCAUUUAUUUAUGUGAAACUUCCUGAGGGAAAGAAUAAUAAAAAAUUAUUAUAAUUUUA